UGUGCUGUAUCCAAUGAAAGUCGGUGGGAAACCGGCAGAGCGGCAUCCGGAGAGAGAGAGACUAGUGAGUAAAGGUGACCUGCUGCUGCCACCUCUGGUGAGUCAGCCCCAUUCCGGCUCUCCAGCACGCAACUCAAGUAGAGGCCUUUUAGCCCCGGGUCCAGCUCUCCGACCUGCCGCGCUUGCGAGUCCGUCGGUCCCGCGGACCUUUUCUCUCCGGCUGGUGUUUCCGGGCGGAUGGCAUGCUGAGGGACGUGUCAGGCCACGGUUUCCAGGACUUGGAAGAGGGCGGGCGUGAGCGACCAUGGCCUGGCAGAGUCUACCGGUACCUCGGCUUGAGGGCGUUUCGCAGGAACAGUUCAUGCAGCACCUCUACCCGCAGAGAAAACCCCUAGUGUUGGAAGGAAUUGAUUUGGGGGCAUGCACAAGCAAAUGGACAGUGGAUUACCUGAGCCAAGUUGGAGGGAGAAAAGAAGUAAAGAUUCAUGUUGCUGCAGUUGCCCAGAUGAACUUCAUUAGUAAGAACUUUGUAUAUAGAACUUUACCUUUUGAUAAGUUGGUUCAGAGGGCAGCUGAAGAAAAGCAUGAAGAAUUCUUUAUUUCAGAGGAUGAGAAGUACUACUUACGGUCACUUGGGGAAGACCCUAGAAAGGAUGUUGCAGAUAUCAGAAAGCAGUUUCCUUUACUGGAAGGAGAUAUUAAGUUUCCAAAAUUUUUCAAAGAGGAGCAGUUCUUUUCCAGUGUUUUUCGAAUUAGCUCACCAGGAUUACAACUUUGGACCCACUAUGAUGUAAUGGAUAACUUCUUAAUACAAGUGACAGGAAAAAAGCGUGUUGUACUAUUCAGUCCUCGAGAUGCCCAGUAUUUAUAUUUAUCAGGUACUAAAUCAGAAGUACUGGAUAUAGAUAACCCAGACUUAGCUAAAUAUCCACUGUUUUCCAAGGCUAGAAGGUAUGAAUGUUCCCUUAAAGCUGGAGAUGUAUUAUUCAUUCCUGCUUUAUGGUUCCAUAACGUAAUUUCUGAAGAGUUUGGAGUGGGAGUGAAUAUCUUUUGGAAGCACCUUCCAUCUGAAUGCUAUGAUAAAACAGAUACCUAUGGAAACAAAGAUCCUACAGCAGCAUCAAGAGCUGCACAAAUUUUGGACAGAGCUUUAAAAACACUGGCUGAAUUACCAGAGGAAUACAGGGACUUCUAUGCACGGCGAAUGGUCUUACACAUUCAAGAUAAAGCCUAUAGCAAAAACUUUGAGUAAAUAAUGAAGUGAAUGCAAUGAAUAUAAACUUUUAAAUACAAUUCAGCUCAAAUACUGGAAAAAUAUAACCACAUAUAAAUUAUUUUUUAAAAGAUUCAUUCUUUGUUAAAAUAGGAAAGAAAAC